UGACGGCCAACUUUUUUUUCGCGCAGGCACAUGUCCCUCCGUUUCUCACCGACUCAGCAUUCACUGCAUUCUCUUCUUGUUUCCCUCUAGGUGACCGACUCUCUUUCUAAUUGCCAGAGCGCCCCGUCCUCUCGAAUCGCACCCCCCGCGCGAUUCUCCUUCAAUCACAUUCCAACACCUUACCGGUCGUUAAUCCGUCACCAUGGCGACUGCUCUCGACCAUCUGCAGCUCGGCGGCAAGAUCGAAUGGCUGGCCCAGCUGGAUACAGCGUACCAGCCGGAGCGCAACCUCCGGCGGACGUCCAUCAUCUGCACCAUCGGCCCCAAGACCAACUCCGUCGAGGCGAUUAACAAGCUCCGCGAAGCUGGCCUGAACGUGGUGCGCAUGAACUUUUCCCACGGCAGCUACGAAUACCACCAGUCCGUCAUCGACAAUGCUCGCCAGGCCGAGAAGGUUCAGAAGGGCCGGCAGAUCGCUAUCGCCCUAGACACCAAGGGGCCGGAGAUUCGGACGGGUAACACCAAGGGCGAUGUGGAUAUUCCCAUCUCGGCCGGCACCAUCAUGAACUUCACGACCGACGAGCAGUACGCGACCUGCUGCGAUACCCAGAACAUGUAUGUCGACUACAAGAACAUCACCAAGGUGAUUGAGCCUGGGCGCAUCAUCUACGUUGAUGACGGUGUGCUUGCCUUCGAGGUGCUUGAGAUCGUCGAUGAGAAGACCAUCAAGGUCCGGGCGCGGAACAACGGGUUCAUCUCGUCCCGCAAGGGCGUCAACCUCCCCAACACGGACGUCGACCUUCCGGCGCUCUCAGAGAAGGACAAGAACGACCUCCGGUUUGGCGUGAAGAACAAUGUCGACAUGAUCUUCGCCUCUUUCAUCCGGAGAGCCCAGGAUAUCAGGGACAUCCGCGCUGUCCUUGGCGAAGAGGGCCGCCACAUCCAGAUCAUUGCCAAGAUCGAAAACCGCCAGGGUCUCAACAACUUCGCCGAGAUUCUCGCCGAGACUGAUGGUGUGAUGGUUGCCCGUGGCGACCUGGGCAUCGAGAUUCCCGCGGCCGAGGUGUUUGCGGCUCAGAAGAAGAUCAUUGCCAUGUGCAACAUUGCCGGCAAGCCCGUCAUCUGCGCGACGCAGAUGCUCGAGUCGAUGAUCAAGAACCCCAGGCCGACCAGAGCCGAGAUCAGCGACGUAGGCAACGCCGUUACGGACGGCGCGGACUGCGUGAUGCUUUCCGGCGAAACCGCCAAGGGCAAUUACCCAUAUGAGGCGGUCCGCGAGAUGAGCGAGGCCUGUCUGAAGGCCGAGAACUCGAUCCCCUAUGUCAGCCACUUCGAGGAGCUCUGCAGCCUGGCCAAGCGGCCCGUGUCGAUCGUUGAGUCGUGCGCCAUGGCUGCCGUCCGCGCUUCGCUCGACCUCAACGCGGCUGGCAUCUUCGUGCUGUCGACUUCGGGCGAGUCUGCCCGCCUCAUCUCCAAGUACCGGCCCGUGUGCCCGAUCAUCAUGAUCACCCGCAACCCCUCUGCGUCGAGGUACGCUCACUUGUAUCGGGGCGUUUAUCCGUUCCUCUUCCCCGAGGCCAAGCCCGACUUUAGCAAGGUCAACUGGCAGGAAGAUGUCGACCGCCGCAUCAAGUGGGGCCUUAAGCACGCCAUCGAUCUUGGUAUCCUUAACGAGGGCGAGACCGUGGUCGUUGUCCAGGGCUGGAAGGGCGGCAUGGGCAACACGAACACCAUGCGCAUUGUCAAGGCCGAUGUCAACCACCUUGGCAUUGGCCAGCUGUCUUGAUCCGCUUCGUUGGGACUGGUAUUUGACGUUUUGCAACCUGGAGGCUAGUUUACGGGACAGGGCCUUAGACGUGGGCCUCGCAAUAGAUCUCCUUGACUGCCAGCACCCGCGACCGAUGAUAUUCCAUGGCUUCCCCGUGCUGUGUUUCCGAUGUCUGCGCCUCAUCGCUGACAACAUCUUACACAGCGGCCA